AUGUCAUCCACACCACCUUCCGACCAGACAUUCCUCUCAUUUCCCAAGCGCGACGAGCUCCGCAAAAAAUCAAAAUACUACCUCUCAGGCGGCGACCCCACCUCCACAAUCGUAACCUACUCCCUCCUCCUCCGCAUCAUCCAACACUAUUCUCCUCCCUCUCCCUCACCCUCCCCAUCCCCUGCUCCUCCAUCCUCAUCUUCCUCCUCUCCUGCACCCCCACCUCCAGCCAAACUCACCUACGACGAAGCCCGCACCCAAGCCAACAAGCUCUACCUAGCCGGCGCAAUGCGCCACUGUCCCAACUCAGGGAUUUUGAUAGUGGAAGAUGCCGAGCUGAAGGAGAUGGUACAGAGAUAUGAGAGGGAGGUGCCGGAACAUGUUUGUGCAGAGGGGAAGGAUCCGGUGCAGUGUGUGUGGCCGGAUUGGGAGUGUGGGACGGUGUUUGAGGUGAGGGAUGGGGUGUUGAUGUAUAAGGAGGAGGGAUGGGAGGAGUGGAGGGCGGUUAAUCCGGAGUAUCCAAACUAG